AUGCUGUUACAUGCGUUAAAAGAUUACCCAACCUCAAGAGCUGUUCUUUCAAAAGGUGGAUGGUCCACGAGCUUUAUUUCUAAGAAUUACGAUCAGUGCAUUGACUGGUUGGAAGAGAUGAUGCGUAUCCUCGAUAAGAGAGCUAUGGCUGAUCUGAUAACAAUUUUAUGGAACUACUGGAAUAACAGGAACAACCACAUCUUCAGGGGUAAAGAAGAGGAGGCUCAGCAGAUAUGGGAAAGAGCCAGCAAUCUGAAUAAGGAAUUUCGAAUAUGCAACAUGGUGAAUAAACCUUUACUUUCAAAUAACACUGGGGAGAAAAAGUGGAAAAUGCCACCAAAGGGCUUCAUUAAAAUAAACUUUGACGCUACAGUGGGCGAAAAUAGAAUCGGAUAUGGGACAAUUUUAAGGGAUGAAGAAGGCUUUGUCUUAGGAGGAGGUGGGGGUUUUAAAGAGCUUAGGUUGUCAGUGGAAGAGGCUGAGUGCAUGGCUUUUGAAGAAAGCAUUAACGUGGCGCGUAGCUUGAAUUUAAAAGAACAUGUUCUCUUCAAAACAGACAUUUAG